AUGUUCCUGGUGCCAACACAGCAACCUCAUACUUUUGUUGACCACCGCGCAUCGCUGCACUCUUCACCAAGCACAAACAACCACUACCACUCCAAACUUGGCUCCGAGGUGACCGUGGACGCGCUCCUCAGCUCUCCCAUCUCUAUGGAACGAAGUGCACCCGAGUACUCGCAGUCAGGUUUGCCUUCGCCCUAUCCCAGCAACUUCGGCGACACCAAUUCUGAAGGUUCGACGGCAGAUCACGCAUCUGCUGCGCAAUAUCCUGUCAAGCAGGAAACCAACUACUCGACCUCGGGCACUCCCACCUCCGAGUACGGCGUCUAUCCUCAGUCAGCCCGAUCCGGAUCUUUUCCAGACCACAUCCAGCGUUCAUACCAUCCUGCCAGCACCCCCAGCAGCGGAGGUAUGGCGCAACAACAGAACAGUCCGUCAAUGCCCCAGCAGGAUGGGCGAAACCAUCAAGCCCACCCGGUCAAGUCUGACAACGAUGUUCCUAUAGAUCCGUCCAUCGCCGCGCCGAGUCCGACUUACGCCUCUUACGGGCAGCAAUCCCCUUAUGCGCCCGCUCCGGACAUGACACACAGCUACUCUCAUCCCAGCAGUGGCAUGUAUGCACAGCCGCGGCCGGACUGGACGGGCUAUGGGCAUCACGGCGGUGCGCCGUUGACGCCCGGCCACCCUGUUUACGCUCAAAACCCUGCCUCGGCGCCGCCCCCUGCUAGGCCCAAUCAGGUUUACUCUUUCGUGCCCAUUCCUGGUGCGCAGCAGCACAAGCGACCUCGACGACGAUACGAAGAGAUUGAGCGAAUGUACAAGUGCGGUUGGAAUGGCUGUGAAAAGGCCUACGGCACACUGAACCACCUUAAUGCUCAUGUUACCAUGCAAUCCCACGGACAGAAGCGCACUCCUGAGGAAUUCAAAGAGAUUCGAAAGGAGUGGAAGCAGAGGAAGAAGGAGGAGGAAGCUGCGCGAAAGGCUGAGGAGGAGCGUCAACGUGUGGCGGCCGCAGCAUCAGUUCAGAACGGAGGCCCUGAUCCUCAAGGCCCCGAUGGCACCCCGACCUCAACCUAUCCCGGAAGCCGACCAGUCCAGUUGCCUCCUAUCGGCUACCAGCCUGCUCAGUAUCCUCCUCCUCCCACAGCAUCUGUUCCCCAACAGCCGUUGCCCGAUUACAACAACCACAUGUAUUCCAACUAUCAGCCUCACUCGCCCUACGCACAGCCUAGCCAGGGCAUCUCUUAUCAAUCAAACGGAGGACAACCCCCCAGCCACUAA